AUGUCGCUGGUUCAACACGUCUCCGUCCUCGAUGGCGUCGAUCGUGAACUAGAGUCUGACGUUGGAGAAGAUGUCAGAUCCAUUCGCCGCAAAAUUAGCUACGAUGUCCUUCAGCCGCCUAGCUUGCCUGUGCCAGUUGUCGAGCCCGCCCCGGGUGUCCCAGCGUAUAAGUAUUCGGCACCGACGAGAAUAGCCCAGGUCAUAUUUACGAUCCUUGCAUGCUGGGUCGCAUCGGGGAUUGUGUUUGGAUUCGCGGCACUGAAGCCGGUUUUGAUUGAAGAAGGAGUUUAUCAUGAUCUGUGCACCGAGGAGGAGUUGCGUGACGGAGUGGAACUGUGUAAGCAGCAGGAUCUAAGUUUGAACCUAUUCUUUACUAUCGCGUCUAUCACUGCCAAUGUGUCUGCGCUCCCGGUUGGCACGAUUCUCGAUCGCUAUGGGUCCCGCGUCUGUGGUUUUAUCGGCUGCUUUAUCCUGGCAGCUGGAAGUUUGAUUAUAGCUUCCUCGUUUCGUCGACCAGGUUUCGAGGGGCUGCUGGCUGGUAAUUUCCUCUUAGCUCUGAGCGGGACUUUCAUCUUCGUGCCAUCUUUCCAGAUCGCCAAUGCGUUCCCUCGAUAUGCAGGCUCGAUCGUCGCCUUUGUGACUGGGGCUUUUGAUGCUUCGGCUGCCGUGUUUCUGUUCUACCGAUCGGUCUAUGAGGCAUCUGGCCGGACCUUCACACCAGAUCAGUUCUUUCUGGGAUACCUGAUCGUGCCCACGCUGAUCUUCCUGGCUCUGCUCACUUUCAUGCCGCGUCGCGAUUAUGUCCCACCCUUCGAACUUGAGAACAAGAUGGAACAGGCGGAGGACGCAACUCGCGAUGUGCACGAGUCCGACGAUGAAAUCGAGAGCGACCGCGAACUCCGGCGAGUGCGCAGUAAGCGUGCGGAGCGUCGGAAGCAGAAAGCGCGCAAGCUUCACGACGUCCUCGGUAGCAAAGAUGAGAUACAGUCUCGCGCGGAGAGAGAAGAAGAUCGUCAACAGACCAGUCAGGUCUGGGGUGUGUUGCAUGGAUUGCCCGCUCGCAAGCAGAUGAUGACCCCGUGGUUCAUUCUGAUUACUUUCAUGACCAUUCUACAAAUGAUCCGGAUGAAUUACUUCAUCGCCACCAUCCGCUCGCAGUAUGAAUACAUGCUUGGCUCGCUCGAAGCAGCCGAACAAAUUAACGGUUUCUUUGAUGUCGCACUGCCUGUCGGUGGAGUUUUAUUCACGCCGUUUAUCGGGUUUCUGCUAGAUCGCCUGAGUGUACCUGCACUGCUUGGGCUGAUCGUGGCUUUCACCACUAUAAUCGGCGUGUUGAACUCGAUCCCUACGAUAUGGGCCGGCUAUAUGACAGUCGUGCUAUUUGUGUUGUUGCGCCCAUUGUAUUAUUCUGCCAUGUCUGACUAUGCUACCAAAGUCUUUGGGUUUGCGACGUUCGGUCGCGUCUACGGAACUAUCAUCUGCCUUUCUGGACUGGCAAAUUUCUCCCAGUAUGGAUUGGACGCCCUCACCCAUCUCACAUUCCAUGAGAAUCCGAUCCCAAUCAACGCAUUCUUGGCCGUAUCCGGGUUUGUGGUCGGGAUUGCGUUGGUCGGCUAUGUCACUGUACAAGGCCAUCGAUUGAGCGUCCAGGCAGAUAACGACGAGGAAAGGGAGCCCUUGUUGGAAGAGGAGGAGGAAAGCGAUGGAUAUGAAACGUUUGCUCGGUAA